AUGGCACUGAGGCAGACCCCGCUCACCUGCUCGGGCCACACGCGGCCCGUGGUGGAUCUGGCCUUCAGUGGCAUCACGCCUUACGGCUAUUUCUUAAUCAGCGCUUGCAAAGAUGGAAAACCUAUGCUGCGCCAGGGAGAUACUGGAGACUGGAUUGGAACAUUUUUGGGUCAUAAGGGUGCUGUUUGGGGUGCAACAUUGAAUAAGGAUGCCACCAAAGCAGCCACUGCAGCUGCAGAUUUCACAGCCAAAGUGUGGGAUGCUGUCUCAGGAGAUGAAUUGAUGACCCUGGCUCAUAAACAUAUUGUCAAGACUGUGGAUUUCACUCAGGAUAGUAAUUAUUUGUUAACUGGGGGACAAGAUAAACUGUUACGCAUCUAUGACUUGAACAAACCUGAAGCAGAACCUAGGGAAAUCAGUGGUCACACUUCUGGUAUAAAAAAGGCUCUGUGGUGCAGUGAGGAUAAACAGAUUCUUUCAGCUGAUGAUAAAACUGUCCGCCUUUGGGAUCAGGCUACUAUGACAGAAGUGAAAUCUCGAACUUUUAAUAUGUCUGUUAGCAGUAUGGAAUAUAUUCCUGAGGGAGAGAUCUUGGUAAUAACCUAUGGACGAUCUAUUGCAUUUCAUAGUGCAGUAAGUUUGGAGCCAAUUAAGUCUUUUGAAGCUCCUGCAACCAUCAAUUCUGCAUCUCUUCAUCCUGAAAAAGAAUUUCUUGUUGCAGGUGGUGAAGAUUUUAAACUUUAUAAGUAUGAUUAUAAUAGUGGAGAAGAACUAGAACUCUAUGCCAGUGGUUCUGAAGAUGGAACAUUGAGACUAUGGCAAACUGUUGUAGGAAAAACAUAUGGCCUUUGGAAAUGUGUGCUUCCUGAAGAAGAUAGUGGUGAGCUGGCAAAACCCAAGAUCAGUUUUCCAGAAACAACAGAAGAAGAACUAGAGGAAAUUGCUUCAGAGAAUUCAGAUUCCAUCUAUAGUUCUACUCCUGAAGUCAAAGCCUGA